AGGCCAGGGGCGGGCCCGAAAAGGGCGCGCGCCUGGUCUCCUCCAAUCAGCGCUUCGCGCGGUCUCCUUGGUUCUUGCCAAGGUGCCCGGGAAAGAGCAGUUUUUGGGCUGAGCUCCCAGAAGCUCAUUGCUUGCAGACAUGGUGCGUCCCAUCAACUGCAUCGUCGCCGUGUCCCAGAACAUGGGCAUAGGGAAGAACGGGGACCUGCCCUGGCCCCCGCUCAGGAAUGAAUUCAAGUACUUCCAGAAAAUGACUACAACUCCUUCAGUAGAAGGUAAACAGAAUCUGUUGAUAAUGGGGAAGAAGACCUGGUUCUCCAUUCCUGAAAAGAAUCGACCUUUAAAAAACAGGAUUAAUUUAGUUCUCAGUAGAGAACUGAAGGAACCUCCUCCUGGAGCUCAUUAUCUUGCCAAAAGUCUGGAUGAUGCAUUAGACCUUCUCAAACUUCCAGAACUAGCAGAUAAGGUGGACAUGAUUUGGGUAGUUGGAGGCAGCUCUGUUUAUAAGGAAGCAAUGAAGAAAUCUGGUCAUCAGCGAUUGUUUGUGACAAGAAUUUUGCAAGAAUUUGAGAGUGACACAUUUUUUCCAGAAAUUGAUCCAAAGAAAUAUAAACUUCUCCCAGAAUAUCCAGGUGUUCUUACUGAUAUUCAGGAAGAAAAAGGCAUUCGGUAUAAAUUUGAAGUAUAUGAAAAAGAUGAUUAAUAGGAAAGGUUUGAAAGCUGUUUCCAACUAAAUUUUCCACUAAAUAUUAAGUCGUAUGGUGUUAGUAUAAAAACUAAUGAGAAAUAAUGUUUAUUUUUAUUUUUAAUGUAUCAAUAAACAUUUAUUAAGUGUCUACUGUGUGCCAACCUUGGAAGAUAUGUUUUAUCUUUACAGAGGAGAAAACUGAAGCAGAGGGAGGUUAAGUGACUUGUUCAGGAUCACUUAAAUAUAUGUCUUUAAAUAAAUAAAUUAGUGAGUGUCUGAGG